AUUUCUAUAUUUCCAUUACCUUGAUACUGGACUGAAACCAUAAUUUUAAAAGAAUAAAUGAAUGAAUGAAUUAACUUAAACUCGAAUAUAUCUAACCUGAUACUCUACUCGUACCAAGGGCACCGCGUUUAAGUAAGUUCAAAACCAACCUCUUGCCGCAUUCAUUAUAUGGUCGUAGUCAUGGCCGCUCGUGUGUUCAUUCGGAACUCGUUUCCCGCGAUUAUUUUGAGAAAAAAACAUGUUUGGUCUAAUGAAAAUGUGGUCAGAUCGCCGUGUAAUGAUAUAGUGAUACCAGAGUGUACUGUGAAUGAGUUUGUUUGGCGCAAUUUGGAUAAAUGGGAGAAGAAAGUUGCAACGGAAUGCGCUAUUACGAAUAGAAGUUACACGUACGGCCAGCUACACAAGUUUAGCCGAACCCUAGCCGCCAACCUAAGGAAGAAGUUCGGAAUAAACGACAGAGACACGGUGGGCAUCAUAUCUCCUAAUUCACCAGAAUACCCUAUAGUUGCAUUAGGAGCGUUGGCUGCUGGAGCGACGCUGACUACGUUUAAUCCUAUUUACACAGCUUACGAAAUACAAACUCAAAUCCAGCAAUCAGGAUUAAAAUUAAUCUUUGCUCAUCCCGACACAAUAUCAACUCUACAAGAAGCAUUGAUACUCAGCAAGAAACAAAUACCAAUUGUCUGCUUAAACUCAGGAGCAUCUGGAGUUGAGGGCACGGUAUCAUUCAAAGAGCUUAUAGAAGAUAUUCAUGUGGAUUUAGAUAUUUUGAAGAAGGUUAAAGUCAAGACAAGUGAUGUUGCGUUCUUGCCGUAUUCGAGUGGGACUACGGGGCUGCCUAAAGGAGUGGAGUUGACUCAUGGGAAUAUUGUGGCGAACUGUGCGCAGCAGGAUACAGAAUUGAAGCAUUACAAUCCUGAUGCUCCAUACCAAGAGAACCAGCUAGUGGUGUUACCCAUGUACCACAGCUACAGCUUGUCCAUCGCCACGGUGCACAAGUUGUGCGUCGGGAUAAAGCUGCACGUGCUACCGAAGUUCCAGCCUGAUACCUUCCUGAAGGCUAUGCGGAAUAACAAAAUAAACAUCUUAUAUGUGGCACCGCCUAUGGUAUUGUUCCUCGGAUCGCAUCCCCAAGUUACUCCUGAGAUAUUCGACCACAUCACUUGCAUGAUGUGCGGCGCUGCGUCAUUGGCCCAGGCUGAUAUAGACAAGAUGUUCGCCAAAGCUAAGCGUGAGGUGGAAUUCGCCCAGGGCUAUGGUUUAACAGAAACCUCACCACUGGCCACAGCAAAUCCAAUUGGAGCUAGGGACUACACGACUGUGGGCAGUGCGCUCCCUAACGUGGAGCUACGGAUCGUGGACGGAGAAAUGAGGAACUUAGGCCCUAAUGAAGUGGGAGAGCUAUUGAUUAAAGGGCCAAAUGUCAUGAAGGGAUACAAGGACAAUCCUGAAGGCAACAGCCAGGUGUUUGCAGAAGAUGGCUGGCUCCGGACUGGAGAUCUUGCUUCCAUUGACGAGACGGGCCGAGUCAUCAUCGCUGAUAGAUUGAAAGAACUAAUUAAGGUUAAAGGAUAUCAAGUACCACCGGCAGAGCUAGAAAACGCGAUCAAACAGCAUCCUGCAGUUUUCGACGCGUCAGUCAUAGGCAUUCCUGAUUCUUACUCAGGAGAGAAGCCUAAAGCUUUCGUGGUGCUAAAAGAAGCGGCAAAUGUGACUGAUACUGAAAUAAUGGACUUUGUAAAUAAAAGAGUAGCGCCUUAUAAGAAGAUAAAAGAUUUGUCGUUUAUCGAGAGCAUACCGAAAAGUCCGUCUGGCAAAGUUUUGAGGCGCGUGUUAAAAGAUAUGUACAGUAAAUAAUAAUAGCAGCGUGAACUCGGAUCCCUUUGUUUGACAUAAUUAUUGAAAGUCAUAAUUUGGAACCUUUUAAGGAAUAGAAUCUCCAUAUACCAAAAAGUGUCCGACAAAAAACCAUAAAUAGGUGGAGCUACAAUACCUAGAAUACUUGAAAAAAAAAUCUAAUCAUAGACAGCGCAAUUCACUCCGUCAAUAACGCCUAGGUUCUUAGCUACUCUAGCGCUACUCUGGAGAGAUUUGGCACUAUUAUUUAUAGCUGACAGCUGGACACUUUUGCAAAAGUUCUGCCUAUGGAGAUUCUAUUCCUUGUCUCUACCUUCCAUAGUCAUAAUGUAAUGAUUGUCAAAGUAUCAUUAGUCAUAAUUCUGAAACCGUUAACUUCUCAGGAUUUUCGUAAGGUUAUCUUAUAGAUAGGUUAGGUUUUUACUAUGGCAAUCCUGAAAAGUAACGCGUUUCUGAGAAAAACAAAGUAUACUAACGAAAAUGCGGACAAAUAAUACAUUAUGACUUAAAACUUUAUGGGAAAAAUAGAGACCCGCGUGAACUAAAGGAAUAUAAACAUUUUUUCACCACACCAGCUGGUAAAGGCUCUAUUGAUUGUUUAAAAACUAAUGAGAAAGUAACAUUUUAUCCACAUGUGGGGCAAAGUAAUCAGAUGUAAAAUUUGAGUUGUUUCCUUAUGCUUGCUGGUAGAAUUGACUUUUAUAAAUGAUGAUUUUGAAUGAUAUUUUUUUAUUACUUUCAUUUGUAUUAGAUUUGGUUUGAUUUUUUUGGUAUUGCAUAAUUAGUAUUUUCCUUGCGUUGAUGCGGUGAAAAAUGUUGUGUUACAUUAGGAGGCAAAGUUUGUUUAACCCUCGUGCCUCUCGCUACCCUACUCGCUACGCUCGUGGUUCAAUUUUCGAAUCUUUCGCUUGCUCGGGUAUCAAUAUUAGCAGGAGCGGUUAAACAACAACUUUGCCCCAUUAUGAAACUAAUAACUAUUGUUUAAUGGUGCCAAAAACGGAACAAAAAAAAUGAAUGAUUAUUUCUACUUCGACUGACUGGAAGAGAUCCCUUAUAGGGAUAAGUCCGCCUUUGGACAUUGUAUAUAUUUUGUCUUUAUUGUUUCUAAGCCUGUAUUAUGUACAAUAAAGUGUUUAUAUACAUA